AUGGGACAGCAGCCAGUGUGCAGAGCUGAAGUAACAGCAGAGCCUGAGGAAGAGCCUGCUGACACAGAGGCUGCCGCUCCUAAUCUGGGCCAGGCCUUUGAGAAGCUUCCAGUGGAGGGAGACUGUGAAGCUUCAGCUGGGCUCGGGGCUCAGGAGGCUCCACAUCUGCACACCUUCCUCUCCACCUGCUCCUCUGACCUACUCCAUCCUCAACCAAACACCAGAACCAUGACCUGCUGUGGCUGCUCAGGAGGCUGUGGCUCCAGCUGUGGGGGCUGUGGCUCCAGCUGUGGGGGCUGUGGCUCCAGCUGUGGGGGCUGUGGCUCCAGCUGCUGCAAACCUGUUUGCUGCUGUAAGCCAGUGUGCUGCUGUGUACCCACCUGUUCCUGCUCCAGCUGUGGGGGGUGUGGUUCCAGCUGUGGGGGCUGUGGCUCCAGCUGUGGGGGCUGUGGCUCCAGCUGUGGGGGCUGUGGCUCCAGCUGCUGCAAGCCUGUGUGCUGCUGUGUGCCUGUCUGUUCCUGCUCCAGCUGUGGAGGCUGCAAGGGAGGCUGUGGCUCCUGUGGUGGCUAAGGGGGCUGUGGCUCCUGUGGUGGUUGCAAGGGAGGCUGGGGCUCCUGUGGGGUCCUGUGGGGGCUCAAGGGAGGCUGUGGCAAGGGGGCUGUGGGUCCUGUGGGGGGCUGCAAGGGAGGCUGUGGCUCCUGUGGGGGCUGUGGGUCCUGUGGAGGCUGCAAAGGAGGCUGUGGUUCCUGUGGGGGCUGCAAGGGAGGCUGUGGCUCCUGUGGGGGCUGUGGCUCCUGUGGAGGCUGCAAGGGA